CCAGCAAGAGUUGGCAGUGGUGGAAAUGGUGAGGGCCAGGAAUGAUAUACGGCUGUCAGAAAUAAAGCAGGAAAUUGAGGAGAACAAUGACACCUUUGCCAAUGUGGCAUCCAUUAGCCUACCAACAGUAGCCCGCCUUUUAAAGCGGCACCAGGUAUCAAUGAAACACAUUUACCUGGUGCCUUUUGAGAGAAACAAUGACCAGGUGAAACAACUAAGGGCUGAGUAUGUUCAGAGGGUUAUGGUGCUUGACGCUGAUGUGAACCAUCACAAGUACGUUUUUGUUGAUGAAGCGGGCUUUAACCUUGCCAAAACUCGUCGCCAUGGACGUAACAUUAUCGGCCAACGGGCCACUGUCCAAGUGCCUGGACAACGUGGAGGAAACAUCUCUAUGUGCGCAGCUAUCUCUGAAGAUGGUGUCCUAGGACGUAGGCCAUUACUUGGCUCCUAUAAUGCUGCUCAUCUUAUUGAGUUUCUCAAUGAAAUUGAGCUGGCCUGUCAAGGUGAAGGGGUCACAUAUGUAAUUGUGUGGGACAAUGUCAGUUUUCACCACGCAGAGGUAGUUCAAGCAUGGUUUCAGACCCAUCCUCGAUUCAUGACCCUCUACCUGCCUCCAUACUCUCCUUUCCUCAACCCUAUUGAGGAAUUUUUUUCAGCAUGGAGGUGGAAGGUCUAUGAUCGCCAUCCCCUUGAGCGUGCCACCCUCCUUCAGGCCAUGGAUGAUGCAUGUGAUGACAUCAAUGUAGACCAAUGUCAAGCAUGGAUUCGUCAUGCCAAAAGAUUUUUUCCAAGGUGCUUGAACAAUGAAAACAUUCAUUGUGAUGUGGACGAGAAUCUAUGGCCAAAUGCUCAAGACAGGCUUGAGCCAAAUUAAUGUAAUGUGUGCACUAAUUGUUAUGUUUUGUUCUCAUUUAGUUACAUUAUAGAAAAUAUAAC